AUGAACAGAAGGUUAAAUGAAUACUCUUUGCAGGUUUAUCGAGUGGUUUGCUUGGUUAUUGUAUUGUGUUGUGUUUGGUGUAGUGCAAGUAGUGAUUCUGAAGAUGAUUAUGUGUAUGAGGAGGCUCACGCGAUACAACAAGCUAAUAGAAUAGUAGAUAUGAUUGUACCUUUGCUUAACUUGCAUAUAAUCCAAGAGAAGCGAAUAUUCGCAAGCAAGAUCCAAAGCAUACGCCAAUACCUUGAUCAAUUGGUAGAAGUAGAAGGGCGUAUGAGCCAGAACUUAAACCAAUCUAGCCACGAUUAUUUCGACCCAGUUAUAAAGGAGUACGAACGUAUAAUAGAUCGCUCGCCAUCUCUAGUGGUUAGAGAAGUGCUAAUACAGAAAAGUGCCGCGAUAAUAGCCCGGAAGCUAUUAGGCUACAUAAAUGGCUGUCUUGAUGGUAAAUAUAUACGUGUCAUAAGGUCUGGUAAAAUAGAGGAUGUAAUAGCUCAAGUGAGAGAAUUGAACGAUAUUAAGUUUGAUCGUAGCACUCUAGAAACACAACUGCAGACAAACAAACUCAGACGAACAGCAACAGAGAUAGAGAUAGAAGAAAAAAUAGCCAAGAUUGAAAUCAAGGUCAUUGAGUUAGCCAAACACUAUGAUUCCAAUGCAUUAUACGAGCGAUACAACGAAGCCGAGGAAGAAGAAGCAGAACUAAACCAAUUCCUGGAAAAGGAAGACCAUACAACAAUACUCGAACUAGCCAAAGAAUUGGAAGAAAAUGUAGGAAACAGAACAUCUAAAGAUGUGUGUGGACUAGUAGCUAGUGUAGGCGCAGUUAUAGACACUCUAAGUACAAAAAUACAGGAAUUAGACAGAGAUAAGAAACCC